ACUCGAGCUCCCGAAGAGCGAGUCUUCGCAGCCCUUCCCGGCGCGCUCGCAUCUGGCGCUGCACGGAACCCGCUCGCGACGCACAGGGACGGGAAGCCCGGUUUCCACGGGAGAGGCUGCGGACUGCGGGCCCCGUCCCGAGGCCGGGGGAGUGGGAGACACCCGGCGACCCCCGAGAGGCGAUUCUGGCAGUGGUGGCGGUGGCGGCGGCGGCCUACUCGCCCCCUGGAAGCACCGCCCCGCCUGGGUGGCGCGCGCGCCAGCUCCUCCUCUUCCCCUCCGCCGCGGCCCGCCCCGGCCCGCAAACCCAAACACUCCAGGCGUCCGCCCGCCGCGCGUGAUUCUCGGCUCGCCGCCGCCCAGCCCUGCGCGCCUUGCCCGGCGGCCCCCGCCCGGCCGCUCCGGGCCCCUGGCCCCGCGGAGCGAUGCUGCUGCUGGCUGCCGCCUUCCUCGUGGCCUUCGUGCUGCUGCUGUACAUGGUGUCUCCGCUCAUCAGCCCCAAGCCCCUCACCCUGCCCGGGGCGCAUGUGGUGGUUACAGGAGGUUCCAGUGGCAUCGGGAAGUGCAUUGCUAUCGAGUGCUAUAAACAAGGAGCUUUUAUAACUCUGGUUGCACGAAAUGAGGAUAAGCUGCUGCAGGCAAAGAAAGAAAUUGAAAUGCACUCUAUUAAUGACAAACAGGUGGUGCUUUGCAUAUCAGUUGAUGUAUCUCAAGACUAUAACCAAGUAGAGAAUGUCAUAAAACAAGCACAGGAGAAACUGGGUCCAGUGGACAUGCUGGUAAAUUGUGCAGGAAUGGCAGUGUCAGGAAAAUUUGAAGAUCUUGAAGUUAGUACCUUUGAAAGGUUAAUGAGCAUCAAUUACCUGGGCAGCGUGUACCCCAGCCGGGCCGUGAUCACCACCAUGAAGGAGCGCCGGGUGGGCAGGAUUGUGUUUGUGUCCUCCCAGGCAGGACAGUUGGGAUUAUUCGGUUUCACAGCCUACUCUGCAUCCAAGUUUGCCAUAAGGGGAUUGGCAGAAGCUUUGCAGAUGGAGGUGAAGCCAUAUAAUGUCUACAUCACAGUUGCUUACCCACCAGACACAGACACACCUGGCUUUGCCGAAGAAAACAGAACAAAGCCUUUGGAGACUCGACUUAUUUCAGAGACCACAUCUGUGUGCAAACCAGAACAGGUGGCCAAACAAAUUGUUAAAGAUGCCAUACAAGGAAAUUUCAACAGUUCCCUUGGCUCAGAUGGGUACAUGCUCUCGGCCCUGACCUGUGGGAUGGCUCCAGUAACUUCUAUUACUGAGGGGCUCCAGCAGGUGGUCACCAUGGGCCUUUUCCGCACUAUUGCUUUGUUUUACCUUGGAAGUUUUGACAGCAUAGUUCGUCGCUGCAUGAUGCAGAGAGAAAAAUCUGAAAAUGCAGACAAAACUGCCUAAUCUUCUUACCCCUUGGAAGAAGACUGUUUCCAAAUAAUUUGAACAGCUUGCUGCUAAAUGGGACCCAAUUUUUGGCCUAUAGACACUUAUAUAUUGUUUUCGAAUAUGCCAGAUUGGACCAGUGCUCUUCAGAAAUGUGGCUGCAAGCAAGGGGCUAGAAGUUCACCUCCUGACAAUAUUAUUAAUACUAUGCAAAUAUGGAAUAGGAGACCAUUUGAUUUUCUAGGCUUUGUGGUAGAGAGGUGAAGGUAUGAGAAUUAAUAGCAUGUAAACAAGGUAAAGAACAGGAUUCCAGAAUGAUCGUUAAAUUUUUUUCUAUUUAUUCUUUUUUGCCCCCCUAGAGAUUAAGUCCAGAAAUGUACUUUCUGGCACAUAAAGAAAUCUUGAGGACUUUGUUUAAACCUUCCAUAAAAAAACAAUUUUCGGUUUCUAGGGUUCUCUCUCUCUCUCUGUCUCUGUCUCUCUGUCUCUCUCUCUUUCUUUCUUUCUUUCUUUGUGUAUUUUAUUCAAGAUGAGUUGGACCCAUUGCCAGUGAGUCUGAAUGUCACUGACAGCCCUGUGUUGUGCUCAGGACUCACUCUGCUGCUGGUGGAAACUCAUGGCUUCUCUCUCUCUUUGAUCCCAUAAAGCUACGAGGGGGACGGGAGAGGGCAGUGCAAUGGGAGGUAAAGAGAUAUUUUCCAGUAGGAAAAGCAAUGCUUUCUUGUCUUUAGACUCAAAUGCUUAGGGAACGUUUCAUUUCUCAUUCAUGGGGAAAGGCAGCCUCCUUAAAUGUUUUCUGAAGAGCAGUAAAAUCUAGAAGCUUAAGAAUUUACAGUUCCUUCAAUAACCAUGAUGACCUGAAGUUCACCUAUCCCAUUUUAGCAUCUACUUGUUUUUCCCAUCUCUUCCUUUCCAAUUUUGCUUAUACUGCUGUAAUAUUUUUGUAAAAAAAAAAAAAAGGAAAAAAAAGACCAGCUAAAAUUUUCGACUUGACUUUUUAACUUAAUUCAUGAAUUAAUUAAAGCAAAUGAAAAAAUUAAAAAGUGUGACUUUUUCUCGGAGCAUAUAUGUAGCUUUUAGGAAAGGCUGAUGAUGGUAUAAAGUUUGCUCAUUAAGAAAAAAAGACAAGGCUGAUUUUGAAGAGAGUUGCUUUUGAAAUAAAAUGAUCACCUGUUCUUUAUGUGACUCUCCCACUGAACCUGCAGACAUUAUUUUUAUACCACAUGCUAAGGAAGCCCAGUCAUCUAACUCUGUAGCCCUGGAAACCCUCUUGGCCCCUGAAUGUUGUUUCCAGGUUAUAGGAUCUGUGUUCAUUAGUGGAUUUUGACAGCAAGUGCCUCUGAUGAGUUUUAGCCAACAUUCCCCGUUGCAUCCUGCUCAUUGUUCACACUCCUCUGACUUGAGGAGAGCUGCCUUCACCUUGAUCUUGUAACCUGUCUUCCUUGCAUAUACGGUAGCACAUUCCAGAUCACUUCGGUGAGAAAAGACCUCUGUUUUUGAAGAGGAAACUUUCUUAAAUUGUAAAAUAAAACUUAAAAAACAUAAAAACUCUAUACAAGCAUUGAAGACCUAAAAAUUAUAGCAUACCUUUUUUUGCUCUUGAGUUUUUGAAGCUCUUGACUUUAAAUGACUUAACUUUUUAAAAAAUAAGAUGUUUUAUGGCUUUAACCCAUGUUUUUAUUAAGAUCUGAGAAUAGCCUAUUUUAAACACUGAUAGAUACAGAAGAAAUUAUUAUUUAAUAUAUAAAUUGCUUGGAAUGAUUUCAUUGCAGCUUGUAAGGAUCGGUUGAUGCCAGAAUGGUUUCAUAAAUCUUUCAGUCUUACAGAGCCAAAGUUUGCAGAUUAUAUUGAGUUGCAUUGUGCAGCUGCUAAAAUGGAAUCAUAGCUUUUUAUAAUUUGCAGAAAACAACUGCAUUAAUGUCUGGAUGUUUCUCAGUUUUAUUCUUUUCUCAUAAAUGUUCCUCGAAUGUUGGCACCUUCUACUGCUGAUCUAUAUUAGAAUCUAGUCCAAGAAAGUGUCUGAUUUAAUAACAUUAAAUAGUUAUUUCAAUAUAUUUUUUCAAAUUAUCCUCAUAGAACCUGUUGCCUCCAGUGAGAUGGUAAUCUACUACCCGAAUAAAUUUAAGAGCACCUGUUGAGAGCCUCUGUUUUGCGGUAGAAGACAAUUGUCCCUAUCCCAAUUUCCACUGAAAUAUGAGAGCAGAUUUGUAGAGACCAUCAUGUCAGAGAAGAAAUUUCCUUGUCAGAGAUGUUAAAGAGCUACAGUCCCUUAGCAAAAAAACUUUGAAAUCCAAGUUGGUUUGUGUUUUUCUAAAUUUGAUACCGUAAUUCAUUUGGCAGCAAAAUCUGACUUGAACUGAUGUGAGAGUGUUGUACUUUAUAUUUAUGCUACUUCAUUGUGACUUAAUUUUCCCUGAAGAAAUAUCCAUGGAUUUGAUUAUAGGUUUUCCCUUAGAUGCUGUGGAGGUGUUUUGUAAUAUUCAAAAUAUGUCCAUAUUGCCUUUUUAAAACCCCAAAGAUUAUGAAUUCUGAAACACAUCCAGCCCAGCGGGUUUUGGAUAAGGGAUUGUAGGCAUUUAAGCAGCCUCACGUAAUGGGCUGACUUCAUCCAAAACAUGAAAAUAUUACAAGGCAAAUUCUAUUUUUUAUAUUUUUUGGUUCAAUGCUUGAACAACUUGUUUUUCUGCUGGGGGAAGAAAAAAAGAACCAACCUGAGUGUGAUUGUUACGGAAACUAAUGACUUGGUUUUUAAAGGAUCACAUUGAUUCAACACCUUCUAUUGGACCCAGAAGUGCGUAAAUAUUACCUAUGGCAGUAAACGUUUAAUUAUCAAUAAGUUUAAAUGUUGGCCUUCUGUAUGUAGCCAAGAACAGCUCAUUUUGUGAAUUUCAGUUUUUAAGUGGCUGCUUUUUGAUUUGGUUGUAUUAUUUUAUUAUAAUGUAUUUGUAAGUAUAUUAAAAAAUUAACAUUGAGCCAUAAAAAUCCCCAAAUAUGUUCAAGGACUUCAUAAUUGAAAAAUAUAUAGAAAACAAUCCUUACUUCUUUUUACAAAAACAAAAUCAUGGGAAUUAUUCUUUUCUAUAUAUUUAGUUAUAAAUCUUUCUCUGGGCCGGGCGCAGUGGCUCACGCCAGUAAUCCCAGCACUUUGGGAGGCUGAGACGGGCGAAUCACGAGGUCAGGAGUUCGAGACCAGCCUGGCCAACAUGGUGAAACCCCGUCUCUACUGAAAAUACAAAAAAUUAGCUGGACACGGUGGCAGGUGCCUGUGUGUGGCGGGCGCCAGCUACUCAGGAGGCUGAGGCAGGAGAAUCGCUUGAACCCAGGAGGCAGAGGUUGCAGUGAGCCAAGAUUGCGCCACUGCACUCCAGCCUAGGUGACAGUGCGAGACUCUGUCUCAAAAAAAAAAAAAAAAGAAAAAAAACUUUAUCUGGAUCUGUUAAACCAUAUAUUAUUGAUCAUUGCAAGUUAAAUUUUGAGAGAUUGUUUGUAGUAUUUAGGUGAUGAAAACAUUUGGUAAUAUUGCUUCGGUUCAAAGAAUUUUAUGUCUUUAUCUUUCUAGAAGAAAGCAAUUAUAUAUAUAUUUUUGCUAAAUUACAUAAACGUUUAAUUACAUCAUGUUCUAAUUUAAACAUGUAUUACUCACUUGAGGCCACUUUUAAAUAUUCAUACUCUUUGACAUAAGAUGCUUUGUAUAUUUCUCAUUUCUUUUAGUUCUUAGUAAGUCAGCUUUAAAAAGUACCUGCCAACCAGAACCUUCCAUAUUCUGGACUAAAUCUUGCUCUUCGGAUUAUACUUCAGUGCAGUAACUGGAUUUGCAAUUUUGAAGGGGACAUAGUAGCUAUUAUAUUUUACACUUGCUUGAUGUGAUAACUCUAAAGACUUUUUAAUUGAUAAAAGCGCACAUGGCUAUUUUGAUACACAAAGUUGUGUUUGCUACUUUAGAAGCUUUUGUGGCAGAAUUGUAAUCUAAUUUUCGUACCUUGUAUUUCUGAAUCACAACAAAAAAAUAAAUGGGGAACAAGACUUA